AUGGUUGUUUCAAAAUAUGCUCCAGAUGUCGUCAAUUUCGCUGAAAACAAACUUGCGAUGUUCAAGGAAACUGUUCAUAACAUGGAUGCAUUCUUCCCCAUGGUUGAGUCAGGCGUUUUCGUUUCUCUCUAUUUGCAGUAUGUCAGCUAUGAUGUCAGUUAUGUUGAAGCAGAUGACACUGGAGCUGUUGACACGUUUGUUGAUCGGGACAUUGAAGAUGAACCCAAGUCUAUACCAGAUGGUGAAGAGAAGGCAACAAAAGAGGACAUUCCACAUCCCAUAAUUCUCUGGUGGACCCCCUUCACUGGUGAUCCUGGUUCAACCAAAAAAUGUGGAACGAAUGAAUGUUAUUUCACUGUUGAUAGAGAUUACAGGCAUCAUAAGAAUACAAAGGUGUUCAUGUUUUAUGGAACAGACAUCAAGUUUGAUGAUCUCCCUCUGCCUCGAAAACCCCACCAUGAAUGGGCGCUACUUCAUGAAGAAUCUCCUAAAAAUGUUUACGCUUACUCCCAUGUAGAAACCAUGAGCCUAUUCAACCAUACUUCAACAUUUAAACGCGAAUCAGACAUGAGUAUUGCAACUCAGUAUUUGGAUUCUAUAGAACUUCUAGAAAACACUUCCUUUGUUGUACCAACUGCGAAGAAGAAUAAAUAUCAGGCUGGGGAAGGUUUGGCGCCUGUUAACUUUGUUUAUAGCGAUUGUGACCCUCCCUCGGAUAGAGACCACCUCAUGGCGAUGAUGCAGAAAUACAUAAAGAUUGAUUCCUAUGGAUUGUGUAUGCAUAACAAGGAUUUACCCGAAAACCUUAGAAAUCCAGUAGAAGGCAUGCAUCACACGGAGUUUUACAAAAUCCAAGCUAAAUACAAGUUCACUAUGGCAACGGAAAAUGCAAUUUGUGAUGACUAUAUCACAGAGAAGGUGUGGCGUCCUCUAUAUGCGGGUAGCGUCCCCAUUAUAGUAGGGUCGCCUAAAAUACGAGAUUUUCUCCCAGAUAACCGUUCGGCUAUUAUUGUGGAUGAUUUCAAAACAGUCAAAGAUCUUACAAACUAUUUAACAUAUCUGAAUGAAAAUGACGAGGAAUAUGAUAAAUAUCUUGAGUUUAAAAGAACCGGUGUGAAAAAUGAAUAUCUGAAGGAUAUUAUGACAAAGAGAGAAUGGGGAAUUAAUAAUGAUUGGGAUAGACCCAAUUUUAUCGACUCAUUCGAAUGUGUUGUAUGCAAUAGACUCCAUGAAAAUAUAAAACGUAAAAAGCAGGGUCUUCCAAUCAAAAGACAUAUCGCAAAUGUAAACCACUAUGGAUGCCCAAAACCGAGAAAAUAUCCUGAAGUAGGGGGUAGUUUGGUUCGUGUUGAGGACAAAUGGCAUGCCCAAGAGUGGGUCCAUUCGCUCUAUGAUGUAAAAGCUGUUCGGGAAUUUAUGUAUGCUGGAAAGACAAAUUUUACAGAAGAAGACAUAACGAGAAGAGGAACGGAAUUAAUGCGAGAAGUGGGCUUGUACACUUGAAUAGGCUCAGAAUGAAGUUUUAAAGUAUAACAUCAUACGGUAUGAUGGCAUACAUAUUUGUUUAUUGUUAUUAAUAUACAUUUUCUUGAUGAAGUACGUAUGAUUUGUUUUGUAUGUUUGUUGAAAAGGUCUC